AUGAGCUCCGAUGUGGAGCCAAAGUCGGGCAUACCAGACUCGCUGCUCCGAACAUUACGGGCGAAUUCGGAGUCCCACUUCCGCCCGGCGCAAGAAGAGCUUGAGACUGGCUCCCUAAAACCUGAUGGCGCCUGGAAUUACAGAAGUCAGCGCUCGAAGCUUAGCCACCUUAUCAAAGCUCCUCCUAGCCACAGUGGGCAGGUUGGCAGCCGCGACAUUUCCUUCCUCCAAGACAAAGCAAACAUGGACCACGGCUCUUCAGCGAAUAUCGACGAUUCUAUCAUCCCAAAGAACUUCCAUGUUAUCAAAAGCAAACGUGUCAUCGGACUUGAUGCUAAAUCCGGUCCCUACAGAACAACUUUGGAAGAUGGGCUCAACCGUCUUCGCGUGUUUCCUUCUCUUCAACCUAAUCGGCGAGUAGACGCAAUAAUGCUCAACGAAGCAAUGGAUAAAAUGCUGGCCGAAUUGACCACCAAGCCAAAGACAGCUGCUGGCGAAGGCAACCAGGGACAUAUUCACGACGUUCUUGACACGAUCAAGAAGGAGCAGGAUAUUUACGACGUCGUUUUUUACGAAAUCAUUCGCCAGGUGACCGUCGAUUGCAAAGAGCGUGGCCAACUCUUGUCAAAACUGAGGAGGGCCUACUCUGAUCUGCUUGGAAGGAUUCCGGAAUAUGUCGGGGGAAUUCACUCAGAGUUGAUCGCUCAAAGAGUUUUGGACGGAAAACUGACAUCGCAAAUUCUCUUUUUCAAGAGCGAAAUCGACCGACUCGGCAAUGAACUCCAAAUUGUCAAAGAUCACGACAAGUCGAUCAGCGAAGAAGCGGAAACUAGUAAAAAAGAGCUUCAGUACGCGAUGAGCGAAUCGGCCAAGAGUGCUGCAGUUUUGGAGGAGUAUCAUCAGCUGUACGAAUUGCAGAGAGAACGACUUCAGAAACAUAUAAAAAAGAUUACGACGGAACGCGAGAUCUGGAACACGGCUGCUUAUUCACUGGCAAUCAAACUUGUCGAUGAAAAUGAGUUGUCUGUUGCGCGGAGAAUUUACGUAUCAGAACGAGCUUGGUCAAAACUCGCCCGGCACUUUGCCGUCUUUUUGGCAGAGCGAGAUUCGAACGAUUUGAAUCUUCUGCAAAUGGAGGUGCAUAGAUGGCGCGACACAGCUUCAAAUUUGAAGAGAUUGAGCCAAACGAAGAAUAAUAAGGCUCGUGAGCUUGCAAAAGAGCUUUUCCAAGAGCUCGCAAAAGUGAUGGAAGAAUUUAAGAAAAAGUUCAUCUACAUCGACUUUGCUGGUGGGCGUCGAGCAAAAGAGCCCGAUCUAAACAGCGCAGAUCAGCUGAUCGAAGAUUUUGAAUUUGUUACCAUCAAACUAGGCAAAUUCAUUCAUACAUUCGACAACUCCGAUCCAUUGGCAGGCAAGUGCGGGAAGUAUCUCGAAGACAUGGAGCAGCGGCUAAACAACUGGACAGACAUCGCCGUUGAAAUUUACUCUCGUCAUCGAUCGCCUACGGAUCAGAAGCAUGCACAGCACAAUAUCAUGACAGACUUGAACGAAAAGAUCAUUCGAUAUCACCAUCAAAUGGUCGACAAAAACACAGGGCAGGAUUUUUCAAUAAAUAAAAACAAUAUUGACUGA